UGGAUGAAAUGCGGCCUAUUUAGCAGAAAGAGCAUAUGGUGGUGUUCUUAUCCGGACAAAAUGUCUAAUUACUUGAAGAAAUAUGUUAUAAAGACUUUUUGUGAAUUUAUUUUGCAGUUUAAUGGAUUACGCAUGGACAUGAUGAGGUGGGACAGCUCGUUUUG